ACCCACACACCAUGUCUCAAUUCCAGCAUCUACUGAUUGCAGUGCAACAGCUCUCUGGUAAAGAUAUACCUAAAACAUUUUGUUCUGAAGGUAGUCGUGGUCUCAAUGAAGAAAGCCAAUGUAUCAUGAAAUGGCAUUACUAGCAGGGAAAGCAGAAUCCGACUUCACUUCCUUUAGGAUCAAAAACCUUGACAACUUGUGUGAGGUUCGGACAAGGAAAGGGGUUUUCUACAAAACAGCCAAGCUUCUACACCCAGGUGAAGAACGACGUUAUCGUGGACAGGUGGAGGACAGAACGCGGCAUGUAAUUAUCAAUGUUGGAGGUAUCAAAUACAGGAUCCCGUGGACAACACUUGAAGAUUGUCCAUUGACUCGGCUUGGGAAAUUAAAAACUUGCAAUAACUAUGAUGAAAUAAUGGAUGUCUGUGAUGAUUAUGACAUUAACUGUAAUGAGUUCUUCUUUGACCGCAAUCCUUGUGCCUUCAGGACUAUUAUGACAUUUUUGGCAGCUGGGAAGCUAAGGAUACUGCGUGAGAUGUGCGCUUUGUCCUUCCAAGAAGAGCUUAUAUAUUGGGGAAUAGAAGAGGAGCAACUGGAAUGGUGUUGUCUAAGGAAGCUGCAACAAAAGGAAGAGGAGCUUGCUGAAGCCAAAAUGUAUGAAGGUGAAUUUGAUAUCUCAAAAGAGAAUUCCCAAAGUGCCUUGGAGGACAGCGGGCGUAUAGCCCAUUGCAUGAAACAUCUCAGGGACAUGGUGGAAAACCCUCACUCAGGAAUUCCUGGGAAGAUAUUUGCCUGCCUGUCAGUCUCCUUUGUGGCUAUCACAGCUGUCAGCCUCUGUAUCAGCACUAUGCCGGAUUUUAGAGAGGAGGAGGACCGGGGAGAAUGUUCCCAGAAGUGCUACGACAUCUUUGUGUUAGAGACGGUUUGUGUGGCAUGGUUUUCCUUGGAGUUCAUUCUUCGCUUCAUCCAGGCAGAAAGGACGUGCCUGUUCCUGCGAACGCCACUCAACAUCAUAGACAUGAUGGCCAUUUUGCCUUAUUACAUCACACUAAUAGUGGAUGCCAUGUCCGAGGAAAAAAAACCAGGAGUAGCUGGAAACAACUAUUUGGAGAAAGUGGGGCUGGUACUUCGUGUGCUGCGAGCCCUACGUAUCUUAUAUGUUAUGAGACUCGCAAGACAUUCCCUAGGACUUCAGACAUUAGGCCUCACAGUCCGAAGAUGCACUAGAGAAUUUGGGCUCCUGCUCCUCUUUUUAUGCGUUGCUAUGGCACUGUUUUCCCCUCUUGUUUAUCUAGCAGAGAAUGAACUUGGUGCCAAGCAGGAAUUUACUAGCAUCCCUGGGAGUUAUUGGUGGGCUGUAAUCUCUAUGACAACAGUAGGGUAUGGAGACAUGGUUCCUAGAAGCAUCCCAGGACAAGUAGUUGCACUGAGCAGCAUACUAAGUGGGAUCUUGCUCAUGGCAUUCCCAGUUACCUCCAUAUUUCAUACUUUUUCCCGUUCCUACACAGAAUUAAAGGAACAACAGCAGAGAGCCAGCAGACAGUUACACAGGCUAGAGGAAAGAGAGCAGAGUACGGUGCUGGAUUCCUAGGAACGAAGGAGAGAGAUCUGAUGACCAGAUCCCAGGGAUAACAUAAGUAUUCUGUAAGAGUUUGCUUAUACAGUUUUAUUUUUAAAGAUGGGAGUUCUACAAUGAUCAGAUAAGCAGACACAUAAAACACACAUUUAUGGAAAGUUCGUACAUAUGUCACAGAUUUUGAUUGUUGAUACCAGAAGCUCUUUCCAUCAUAAUUGCUCUUUGACUUUUUGUUAUAUGACUAUAUUAAAAAUGGGUACGGUUUUCCUCAUCUCUUCUGCAUUGACAUUAUUUUACCAUAAUAUCAUUGGACAAUUAUUUGAAACAAAAUGUAGAAUUGGACUGUUUUUGCUAUAGCUUUGUUGGCUCUUUUAAAAUGGAACUUGAUUGAGAUAAUAUAACUAUAUUAUUACUAUUACUACUUUAGAAUUGAAACCAUUUCCUCCUAUUUAAAAGAUGAUGCUUUAACAGAAUUCUGAUACGUAUAUUUGUAUGUGGGAUUAUUGGGAAGGACCUUAUAUUUUCACAUGUUGCACAACUGUUUGUAUGCUGUAUAACUUAAUAAAAUGACGAGCUGCAUACUAGUAAAAAUGAAAUAGGAAAAAAAUUACUGAUUGGUUGUUUGCAUUUUCUCCCAUUCAGAAUCAGCUACAAUUUAUGUCAUGGUUAGUGACCAGAAAAAUGCAAUAUUGCUGUAAAAUAUCAUGCAAUU